AUGAGGUUGAGAGUUAGUAAAUGUGUCAACGUUGCGUUUAAGCAUGUUGGACAAGGUACUUCAAUUACGAAAGAGACCAUUCAAUCUGAAGAAUAUAUAAAUAAUUGUUUAGAAACAAAUCUCGCAUUUCUUCGCUGCAUACCAAAUUCUGCUUGGUUUUGGUCAGAUCGCAAAAAAGAUGUUUUUGCAAUGAUUAGGCACUUAGGGCCACCAACUGCUUUUAUGACUCUCAGCGCCAAUGAAACUGGCUGGGAAAAUAUGUUGAAAUUAUUGUACAAAUUAAAAAACGAGGGAACGGAACUUUCAGAUGAUUUUUUAGCAGAAAUGAGUUAUGUGAAUAAAGCUCAACUUGUGAAUGAAGAUGCCGUAACUUGUGCUAUCUAUUUUAAUAAAAUGGUAAAUUGUCUGUUAAAAAUUUUGCAAUCAAAGAAAAGAAGUCCAUUCGGAAAAUAUAGAGUAAUACAUUAUUUCAAAAGAAUAGAAUUUCAAAAUCGUGGUAGCCCACAUGCUCAUAUUCUUCUUUGGUUGGACAAUGUUCCUGAAGAUUUAUUAAGUAAUGAUCCCGAAGUAAUUAAAUUAAUCGACGAAUUAGUUUCUGUGUCAGCGUCAGAGGCGUCUGGAAAUAUAAAACUAGUAACACACAAACACACAUUCACGUGUUAUAAAAAAAUGGAUCCUAAUAAAAAACAAGAAUCUCGAUUUGGUGCACCAUUUAUGCCUACAAAAAAAGCUAUUAAUUUCAUACCUAUGAAAAACACUGAUCCCGAUUACUCAGAAGCACUUUUCAAAGAAUAUAAGGAACGAUUUAAAUUUAUAAAAAAUAAUCUCGAAAAUAUUGACUAUACGGAUUUUGAUGAAUUUUACUCGCAUAAUGGUAUUAUUUCUGAUGAUCAUUACUACAAUAUUAUUCGUGCUGGUAUCAGUAGACCAAAAUUAUUCUAUAAAAGGACACCAGCAGAAAAAUGGCACAACACUUUCAAUCCAUUCGUAUUACAUCAUUUGAAAUCCAACAUGGAUUUUCAGAUUAUACUAGAUGAAUAUGCUUGUGCAACAUAUGUUGUUGAAUAUGUCAAUAAGCAUAAUAGAGGGAUUAGUAAUUUGCAAAGACAAAUAAUUGACAUAAUGGACGAGCAUCCAGAAUUCGACAUUGUCGAUAUCACGAAAAAAAUGAGUAUUGACAUACUUCAGUCUGUUGAAAUGCCGGCACAAGAAGCUGCUUGGUAUUUAUUAAGAGAACCUAUGGCUAAGUCAUCGGUGGUGUCAGUCUACAUUCCAACGGUAUUUCCUGGAGAAUUGGCUUGA